AAAAAAAUCAUUUCUUCUUCCAAUCUCUAAAAUAGUAGUUUAAGUCCAGCCUACGUGGGACGCGUGACUAAAAUCUAAAACGUGUUAUGCGUCAGUUGGCUUUCUGAGGCUUGAAGCUGACGCGCUUUUAAUAGCAGCAUAUUAAAAUAUCUACAAUUACAUAAAUAUACAUAUAUACAUAUACACAUACAUUUACACGCAUUUACAUACAUAUAUAUGUAUACUCAUAAGUGUUAAAGUUUUACAGUACACUCAGUACUCGGUAAUCUAUUGCGGGUUCGGUAUCGUCGUUUUAUUUUUAUUUUCUGAGAUAAAAAUCAACGAGUGGAGGGAAAAGUCAACAAAUUUAAUUGAUUUUUAUAAUACAAAAUUUUUAAAAUUAAGAAAAUCAAUAAAACAAAAUUUAUCUUUGAAUUUUCAAAUUUAAUUUAAAAAAAAAUUUGAAAAUGUAUCAUCAUUUGAAUAAACUUGUGAGAUCAAAAGCCACUGGAUGUCUUAAAGGAAAGCAGACUCCAAAAUUAAAUGGUGAUUUAGCCGGUGCAUUGGCGCGUGUUAUCCCGGUGACAAUUCAAAAUCGCGGGUAUGCUGAGCACCAGAUACCUGAUCGUCUUAAGGACAUUCCGGUUGCUGAGAAUCCGAAAUUCUUUAACAUGGUAGAGUAUUUUUUUCACCGUGCAUGCCAAACUAUCGAGGAUAAAUUGGUCGAGGAUGUGGGUCAUCGAUCUAAAAUGACAAUCGAGGAGCGUAGAAAAAAAGUAAAAGGUAUUCUCAUGUUAAUGGAACCUUGUGAUCAUAUUUUGGAGACAACAUUCCCAUUAAGACUUGACUCGGGUGACUAUGAAAUGAUUACUGGUUACCGUGCUCAGCAUUCUACGCAUCGGACACCAUGCAAAGGAGGUAUCCGAUUUUCAAUGGAUGUAUGCAGAGAUGAAGUAAAAGCUUUAUCAGCUUUGAUGACCUUCAAGUGUGCUUGCGUUGACGUCCCCUUCGGUGGUGCUAAAGCCGGAAUAAAAAUUGACCCGAAAAAAUAUUCCGAGCACGAGUUAGAAAAAAUAACUCGUAGAUUUACUUUGGAGAUGGCGAAAAAAGGUUUUAUUGGACCUGGUGUGGACGUACCAGCCCCUGACAUGGGAACAGGCGAACGUGAAAUGUCAUGGAUAGCAGAUACAUAUGCCAAGACGAUAGGUCACCUGGAUAUAAAUGCCCAUGCCUGUGUAACAGGAAAACCCAUAAACCAGGGUGGAAUUCACGGACGUAUAUCAGCAACCGGUCGCGGAGUUUUCCACGGUCUAGAGAAUUUUAUAAACGAGGCCAACUACAUGUCUAUGAUUGGAACAACACCCGGUUGGGGCGGCAAAACAUUUAUCGUUCAAGGUUUUGGUAAUGUAGGUCUUCAUUCAAUGCGGUAUCUCCACCGUGCUGGUGCAACUUGUGUUGGAGUUAUUGAGCACGAUGGUUCAAUCGUCAACCCCGAUGGAAUCGAUCCAAAGGCAUUGGAAGAUUAUAGGAUUGAAAAUGGAACAAUCGUUGGUUUUCCGGGGGCGCAACCUUACACUGGUGAAAAUUUAAUGUACGAACAGUGCGAUAUUUUUAUUCCCGCUGCUAUUGAAAAGGUUAUCAACAAGGAUAACGCCUCACGUAUUCAGGCUAAAAUAAUUGCGGAAGCUGCCAAUGGACCUACGACACCUGCAGCUGAUAAAAUUCUUAUUGAAAGAAAUGUUCUCGUUAUUCCUGAUUUAUAUAUAAAUGCUGGUGGUGUUACUGUGUCAUUUUUCGAAUGGCUUAAAAAUUUAAAUCAUGUUUCCUAUGGACGUCUUACAUUUAAAUAUGAAAGAGAAUCUAAUUAUCAUUUAUUAGAAUCCGUCCAAGAGUCUUUAGAGCGCAGAUUUGGUCGCGUUGGUGGCCGUAUUCCAGUGACUGCAUCUGAAGCUUUUCAAAAAAGAAUUUCUGGUGCUUCCGAAAAAGAUAUCGUUCAUUCUGGUCUUGACUAUACUAUGGAACGAUCAGCCAGAGCUAUCAUGAAGACUGCGAUGAAAUAUAACUUGGGAUUAGACUUAAGGACAGCAGCCUAUUCAAAUUCCAUUGAAAAAAUAUUUACGACAUACUCAGAAGCCGGUCUUGCUUUUUAAUUACUAGUCAUGAAUAUUAAAUUGAUAAUAAUGAUAAAUAUUUAAAUUUAAAUGAUCAAUGAGACAUUUUAUAGUAGAAUCAAACAGUAAACAAUCAACACAUUGCAUAAGUCAGUAUUUUCUCAUAUUUUUAAUUGACAUUUAACCGUUUGUUUUAUUGAAAGGACUCAGUUUCUUAUGACUUUAUGUAUGGUAUCAUUUGGUUACAAUAUUUGUAAGGACUGAUAAUGAGAUAUCAGCUCUGAUGACUGAAAAAAUAAAAUUAUACGAUUAUAAAUUAAUUUAAAUGCCAGCAUAUACUCAAUUAUUGUAUCCAAUUAAACAGCAAAAAUUUCAUUUCACAUUUUCGCGCCACUAUUUAAAAUUUUAAAAAACUAUUCUUCAAAAUAUUGUAAUCAUUUGAUACAAUUCACAAAUUGUAUAGAACUGAGCCUUUUAUUUCAUGAUUAUAAAAAUUAUAAAUUAUCAUAUAUUACUUAUGAAUCAUUAGUAUAUACAUUUUUUUUAUCAAAUAUUUCAUAUGAACAAAACUGAAAUCAUUAAUUGAUAUUCCGUAAAAAAAAUUGUUACAAAAAUGUUGACUAUUUUGAAUUUCAAAAUGUGAUAAUGAAUUUUUUUUAAACUUCGGAAAUUCAAAUGAAAAAUCAAAAAUUGACGGCACAAAAAAAAAGGGAUUUUUUGGGGCAAAAAAUUUGUAUCCACCCCAAAAAAAUUUUUUUACUAUGAAUUGAAAACCAAAAUUUUCUUAAGGCGAGAAAAAAUUUUUUUGUCAGAAAUUUUUUUUUUUUAAUUCAUAAUAAAAAUAUUUUUUUGCGCCAAUCCUUUUUUUUCUGUGUACUAUUAAAAUAUAAAAAAAAAUUCAAAAUCAGUUUUUUCCGGCUGUAUUUUGCACUGAAAAAAAAAAUAAAACUUGAAAUUUUUAAUUGAGAGAAAAAGUUAACGGAGAAGUAAAACUUUUUAUUUAUAGUCUGAAGUAAAUUGUUUUCUUUUUUGUAUUUUCAGAAGUUUAAAAAAAAUUCGUGUUACAUUUUGAAGUUUUGAAGUAAACGCUUUUUAAAAAAUUUUCACGGAAUUUAUAUUUACAUAUUUAAUUCAUUAAUUUAAUUAUUGUGACAGUUGACGCUUUACAAAAACGACAUUAAAGUUAUUUUUUUUGCAAGCAAACUUAAUUAUAAAAUUAAUAAUAAUUGUUAUAAUUAAAUGAUUAAUUAUAAGACACCACUUGUUUAGAACCACGUUUUUUAUAUUAAAUAUUGCCGUUUUAAUAGAAUUUUUUGAAUUUUUAAUGCUGAAUUUGUGUGCGAUUAUUGCGCCUCUAAUAAUUUUUAAAUAAAAUUUUAUUAUUAUAAUUAAAUAUUAAUUUAACAAAAAAAAAGUAAUGAGGCAUUAUUGUAACUUAAUAAUAAUCAUGACGAAAGUAUACAGUUACAAAUUACAAGUUUUGAAUUGUAAGAAUGAAAACGUUCUGCUCAAGUGACUGUAAUUUAAAAUAAAAAUAAAAAAAAAAAAAAAA